AGGGUCUGGGUGCUUAUUUGGGAGAGAUGAGGCAUGUUCCCACGUCCUGUAAUUCACCCAUCCAAUCCAGGCAGGUUCGCAUUUGUUUCCCUGUAGGAGGCGGUUGUGAUUUUGGGGAUGUCUAUGCAGAACAGAACCCUUAGCGUGCGCAGCCAUGUAGUCUGAGGUUAAAGCCACUUUUACCACAAGGCUAAAAUUCCCCGCUGGAAAUUCCCAGCUGACCAGCAGGGUCAAGAGCCUAUUAUCUAGGCUGGUGCUUACUAUCAGGGGGCGGUUCCUAUUUAAGACUUUAAAGAGGUGCGUGAGGAUGGGACUUCUAGGCAGAAAGAGAUCUGCCCCAGGCAGAGUCCAUCCAGCUGGCUGGUGGGAAAGAAACAGCUGCCUGCAUAUCCCUGUCACAGAGAAGAGAUUAGCUGGAGUGAAAACAUUUCCCUGUAGCCACAGCAAUGGAGCCAACUCUUCUCCUCCUGCUCCUCAGCCUGGGCUGGACUUGUAGUGGACGGCUGACGGUGCUGCCCCUGGAGCCGCUCGUCCAGAUUGGAGGAUCCAUUCAGUUGAACUGCUCCUUGGACUGUCCGGAUGGGAAGCCCCAGUGGAAGGGGCUGGACACCAACCUAGGGAACAUCAUCUCCACCCCCACCUAUAGCCUCCUGCUCAUCACCAAUGCUGCCGUAGCCAUGGCGGGCACAAAGUUCUGCACGGGGAACUGCCAAGGGAAGUCCCACCAGGGGUCGACUAACCUGCAAGUGUACUCUCUUCCAGACACCUUGCAGCUGGAAACCCAGCCAAAGAAGCUGGUGGCUGGUCAGCCAGCCCAUCUCCACUGCUCUAUUAGCAAGGUGUACCCACCCGACUCCUUGACUCUGAGCUGGUAUCGAGGGGACCAGAGACUGGAGAGCCCAGACCCUGAAGAAGUGGCUGAUGACGAGGAGCUGUUCAGUUAUGUCUCUAAGCUAGAGGUCCCAGGGGAGAAGGUGAUGGAGGGCAUGGAGUUCAGGUGUGAGGUGGAGCUGCUGCUGCCCUCAGACAGGAGUUUCCACCGGGCCACAGCAGUGACUGUGAGCACAAAAGCUGUGGCAGAGCAGCCCACAAAUGAGUCAGUCACUGGCCAAGAGAAUCCCAGAACUGAGUCUCCAGCUACUACAGAGAACCCCCCUGCUACUGACUGCAGCCCCACAACUGGGCUUGGGGCUACUACAGGGAGCCCCACCACAGAACUGACUUCUGCAGAGAGCCCCACGACAGAGUUCAUUAUCACAUCUCACAAGUCCAGUGCCAAAGCCACCUCUGUCCCCUGGAUGGUGACCACAGAGACCCUCGCCACCGAGUCCAGGGCUGCCUCACAGCACCCCAGUGCAGGCACAGCCACAACAGACUGGAGCCCCAGCAGCAGCUUGAGUUCUGCUACAGAGAACCCCACCACAGGGGAUGUGGCUAGCACAGAGAACCCUCUCACCAAGAAAGCCACUAGUGUCCAGAGCCCCAGAACAGAGUCUGUCUGCAACCUGCAGAUCAGGCCUGUCCCUUCUAAAGGAACCACCGGGGAAGCCCUGAAGAUCAUAUGCGAGGCAGAGUGCGGUGAGGAUAUUACCAUCAGGUGGCUGAAAACCCCUGUGGAGCUCUCUCAGUACCAGGAGGAGGAGUCCAAGAGCAAAUCCAUCCUGACGGUUGACCGUGUAGAUCUCAACCACCAAGGGAUCUAUGAGUGCGUCAUGCUGAGUAGGAGACUCCAGGUGGCAAGUAGGAGACUCCAGGUGGCAAGCCUCCACAUCGCUGUGUCUGCUGCUACCUUCAGCACCGACUCCGCCAUUGCGAUCGGGACAGCAAGCUCCCUCCUGGGCCUGAUCGUCACAGCGUUUGUGUCACAUCGCCUGUGGAGACUACUCCACCCACCAGGCAUGACGAGCCCUAAGGGGAACAGCGUUUAGGUGCCUGUGGCCCCGUCGGGACUAGUUUUGAACAUUUAUCCUCUUUCCACUGACGAGCCUGCCCGUUGUUAUGGAAAGCUUGGUAUUAGAGCCAGCCGGGCCCCUUGGACUGCACCUGGCCAGAGACGGGAGUGGAGGAACUGCCUGAUGCUUGGGCUGCUGCUGGGAGAACUGGGUAAAUGGCCAAGCUGCAAGCUGCCCAGCAGAGCUGAGCAGACCUUUGGGGUGACCAGUCUCUUUCCUUUCCUCCACUUCACUCCUUGGCAUCAUGGUUUCCGCUGGUUUCAAGUGCAAUGGGAGCAUUUUGCUCCAAAGUCCAGGCAAGUGCUGAGACUUGGCUCCUACAGACACACCUGUGGGACUCAGAUAAGAGCUUCCCCAAGGAGAUGAACAGGUCACAGGUGCCAGGGUACAGUAGUUUCUAAAACAGACCAAUGGAUUUUCCCUUCACAGUAUAUUGAAAACUCUCUCCUUGCUUGAGGCUUCCAGCUGAGGAGAUGCCAGUAAUAUUUCCUGUCGGAUUGGUUUGAAAUCCCUGAUCCUUUCUGGAUUUGCCACAUUCAUUUUCACGGUGGCUUCUUAUUUCAAAACUCUCUAGGGUCAGUUGUUCCUGUUUUUGUUCCCAAGUAUGUUGGGUAUUUCCGGUGGGGGUGGGGAAGAGAAGAUGGGGGGGUGGGGGGGAAUUCCAGGUGCAUUGAAGGUUGGCUAGGGAGGGACAAGGUGAGACUAUGCUCAGCCAUAGCCCCUUGGAACUGAGUGGAGACUUUAAGCAAAUGCACCACAGUGACAAACUAUCAGUGAGACGCUCUGUACUGCUCAUACAGCUCCAUCUCCAGCCCCUGGGUUUCUCUGCGCUACUCUGAGACAGGGCUGCAACCACUUCUGGAGAGGACUGUGGGGAACUUGCCUUGUUUCCUUCCAUGCCGAGAUCAUACAUGCACCAGCCCGUCUCAGGGAUGGGAUGGAAACUGAAGUCAGUUCAUCUCUGUAUUUAAGAUAUCCUAAAAAAAACCCUCCCAACUGCUGUCAUCUGUCAAAACAGGCUGCUUGUAAAUAACCUGUAUUGAAUGUUGAGAACGCAGUAGACCUGCAGUGCAUAUUGAGUUUCUGUGAGAACUGCUGCUCUAAUAAAGAUCUGGUUUGACAUAUUCCCGGUAGUGGUUUCCUUGGCAAGGAUCGCUUCUCUGUACCCUGGCCCUAUGGUUUGCCUGCAGCAGCAGGGCCAUGAGUAUGCUUGUAUUCCACACAGAGGGCAGAUGGGGGCAGGGAGGGCACCUAGCUUCUCGCAAAAUAGCCACAUUGAGUAUAUUCCUGUGAGCAUUUUGACUUCAGCCAGGUAUAAUGGGUGCCAUCGGAAUUUGCAAGAGGCACUGAAUUGCAACUUACUGAUUAGAUGCUGACAUGAGGGCUCUAAAACAGAAUACCUGGUUCUCGUGGCUGAAGCAGAGGCAUGUCUCCCUUGAUCCUAGAGAGAGAUGGAAAUCCCAGAAAUACCUUACCGAGAAAAACUAGCUCUCCCUGAGUCCAAAAACCAUACCUACAGCAUCUGUGCUCCACACGCUCCCAGCCUCACCCCAGUUCCUUAUGACACAACAGCAUGUCUCUACACUAGUUCACAUGUAACCAUCUCAGCAAGGAAAUCCCCACAGCUGACAUCUAGACUGCCAUUUAUGGCCCCUGGGGAAACUUUCCAGGACAAACGCUGCUGUUCUGAACUUGGGAUCCUGCUUCCUGAGCUCAAGCCUUGUCAGGGCAGGGAAGCAAUGCCACCUUCAGCAAGGGCAGAGAUAAAGGAGCAAUCAGAAACCAGCCCAGUUAGUCCUAAUCAGUCAAUAGGUGCUUUAGCAAAGCACCUUCCUCCUCCUGCCUGGCAGAGUGGAACAGCCCUGGGCCUAGGAGGGUCAGUACUCCCACAUUCAUACUCCCGCAGGCGGCCUAGCGUUUGUGCUCAGCUGGGGAAGACUGUGGCUAGAGCAGCUGCCAAGCGAGGAGCCAAGCCUGGCCUUCUCCCUGCAGGGGAAGUUGUGGUGUUGUAUGAAGCCCAGUCGGUCACCUUGGGGAAGCAGAGAGAGCACAGAAAGCCCAGCGGGGUCAUUGGCCAGGGCAGAGUUGGUCAUUUCUCCUUGCAGCUGCAGCACUCAGAGCUGUCAUUCUCCAGCUACCUGCCACACAUCUGGCGGCUGGGGCCAGGACUGCAGAAAGGGACCAUAGAGGGAGCCAGAACAGAGAGCUGCCCACCCCUCCCCCCGGCGUGCGCACGCACACACCAGGAGCUAGCUGCAGGUUGGGGACACCAGAGAAAGGGACAAGAUCCCUUUGCAAAGAACUUGGCUACAGCCCAUCUCAGUGAGUUCCCUGUAGGGUAGGAAAAGUGACAGCUUGGGCCUUGCGUGUCUGGAAUUAAGCACGCAAUUCCUGCCUCUGUUUCUUGUGCAGAGAACUCCUCUUUGGACCUAGCGCUCAGGAAACUCUCACUGCUGUGCAGCAACUUCUCUGUGUGUGUCGUAAGUCACAUGUCCGCUCUCUGACCUCCCCACUCCACUGAACAAAUACCAGACUCAGCACUGCUCAGGAACCCGCCACAUGCAGCAACCACACCCCUACAUUUAAAGAAAAGGAGACCUCCUGCAUACCAGCUGGAAGGGGGUAUUAAUGCAGCAGAAUAGUUAUCCCUGUUGGAAUGAAAGCUAGAACACUGGGGUUAACAAAGGCCUCACAGCUUGUGUACUCAGCACCAGAGUGGGUGCAGUUAAAAAAAAAUCCCUAGUGAUCUGUAGUCCCUCUGAGCGUGAGCCAUUGCAGAGCAGUGCACUCUAAUGCUGCAGUGGGGUACAGGGGGGGAAGUGGCCUUGCCUCCUCAAAUCAGCACCAGUUCCUGUGUGUUACCUAAAGGUCUCUCCUCCAGACACUGACCUGGCCCAGGCCUGCGUUGCAUGAGAGCAGAUAAAGUCCUAGCUAAGGUGGACAGACUGCAGGCUGCUGCCAUGUUCCCAGUUAUUAGCAGCCAAGGUUUGUUGUUUGGAGUUCAGAACGCACAAGCAAAAAAACCCCCAAACUUUAUUUAAAAACGAAACACAAAGCCCUGCACAUACUCAAAAUGCCCCUUCUCCGGCACCUGCAGAAAAUGCUGUUUUAAAGCCACAACCAAGGGUAGCCUCAAUUCGGUAACAGGCUUCUUGUUAAAGCACAGCCUGCCUACUGCAAG